AGCGCGAAGUGCCAGGUUCGAGCUCAGACAAGGCUCUAUCCAGCCAGCUCAACUCAACUUAUCCACCACCACUCUUCAGACGGAUGUCUUUCCUAUAAGUUUACUAAACUGAGGCACUGACCCAAGUUCUACAACUUUAAAUUCUAUGAAUUACUCUUUAAUUAAGGUUUCUUGUUUGAGGAUAAGUAGUGCGCGACACUUAAAGAGAAGAAACGCGCGUAUUGAAACAUCCAACUUUGGAUUUUAGUUUCUGUUUCUCGUCUUUCAUUUGUGAAAACCCGACUCGUGAUGGUUGUCCUGUCACUUAGGUUACUAUUGGUAGGAGUUAUAGUAAGUGUGACUUCAGCUCAUCUGGCUGGUGAAAGUGUAGAUAAAGAAGAUUCGUUGAAGAGCCGUCUGAAAGAGUAUGGCCUCAUUACUCCCAUCAGUACAGACGCAGAGGGACACUACCUCUCGCAUCUUCUUUCGGCCAAUCACAAGCAGCGUGUGAAGCGGGAGGUUUUGAAAGGGUCAACGCAAGCGGUAGACAGGCUAUUCUUUAACAUCACUGUCUUUGGCAAAGAAUUCCACCUCCGACUACAUCCCAACCAAAGAUUAGUGGCUCCAGGAGCCAUGGUGGAAUGGCACGAUGAGAUAGAAAUAGCUGGGAAUGAGACUGAGAAUGGAACCCACUCAGAGAGAAUACUCAAAAGGGAGUUGCUGAAAACGGACUGCACUUUUAUAGGGGACAUCACGGAUGUGCCUGGAACCUCUGUCGCCAUUAACAACUGUGAUGGGCUGGCUGGAAUGAUUCGAACUGAUUCCGAUGAGUACUUCAUUGAGCCUCUGGAGCGAGGAACACAGGAACACGAGGACACGGGAAGAGUGCAUGUGGUGUACCGGAGGUCUGCAGUAUUGAAAGUGCCUUCCGACAUCUCCUUGGAUUACCAGCUGAUUGAGCCUGAAUUGGAUGCACCAAAGGUGCUGGAUAGUAUUGCUAAACAAGUCAACCGGACAGUCAGGAGACGGAGAAACGCUGGUGACGAUGACUACAGCAUUGAGGUGCUGCUUGGUGUAGAUGAUACUGUUGUCCGUUUCCAUGGGAAAGAGCAUGUGCAGAACUAUCUCCUUACCCUCAUGAACAUUGUGAAUGAGAUCUACCAUGAUGAAUCAUUGGGAGUGCACAUUAAUGUUGUGCUUGUGAGGAUGAUCAUGCUCGGAUAUGCUAAGUCCAUCAGUCUCAUUGAGGGUGGCAACCCUUCUCGAAGCCUGGAAAAUGUGUGCCGCUGGGCAGUCAUCCAACAGAAAGAGGAUCCAGAGCACUCCGAGCAUCACGACCAUGCCAUCUUCUUGACCCGGCAAGGCUUCGGCCCCACUGGCAUGCAAGGAUAUGCCCCUGUCACCGGGAUGUGCCACCCUGUCCGCAGCUGCACCCUCAAUCAUGAAGACGGCUUCUCUUCUGCCUUUGUUGUAGCCCAUGAGACAGGACAUGUACUGGGAAUGGAGCAUGAUGGUCAGGGCAACCGCUGCGGUGACGAAACAGCCAUGGGAAGUGUCAUGGCCCCUUUGGUGCAAGCAGCCUUCCACCGCUACCACUGGUCAAUGUGCAGUGGGCAAGAGCUGAAGAGAUACAUUAAUUCAUAUGACUGCCUGCUGGACGAUCCCUUCAAACAUGACUGGCCACAGCUCCCUGAACUACCUGGCAUCAAUUACUCCAUGGAUGAGCAGUGUCGCUUUGAUUUUGGAGUUGGAUACAAAAUCUGUACUUCAUUUCGAACAUUUGAUCCAUGCAAGCAGCUGUGGUGCAGUCAUCCAGAUAACCCUUACUUCUGCAAGACCAAAAAAGGACCUCCACUGGACGGGACUGAAUGUGCACCUGGGAAGUGGUGCUACAAAGGUCACUGCAUGUGGAAGAAUGCCAACCAAGUAAAGCAAGAUGGAGCCUGGAGUGCCUGGAGCAAGUAUGGCUCUUGCUCUCGCUCCUGUGGGACUGGUGUCCGCUUCAGAACCCGCCAGUGCAACAACCCUGCUCCAUCUAAUGGAGGUCAGGACUGCCCAGGGGUGAAUUAUGAAUACCAGCUGUGUAACAUAGACGAUUGCCCCAAACACUUCGAGGACUUCAGAGCUCAGCAAUGCCAACUUCGCAACUCCCACUUUGAAUACCAGAAUGCCAAACACCACUGGCUUGCCUACGAACACCCAGACGCCAACAAAAGAUGUCACCUUUAUUGCCAGUCAAAAGAAACAGGUGAAGCUGCUUACAUGAAGCAACUGGUGCAUGAUGGGACAAGGUGCUCUUACAAAGAUCCAUAUAGCAUCUGUGUGCGUGGAGAGUGUGUGAAAGUGGGCUGUGACAGGGAAAUUGGCUCCAGUAAGGUGGAGGAUAAGUGUGGUGUGUGUGGGGGUGACAACUCUCACUGCCGAACUGUGAAAGGAACCUUUACCCGUGUGCCUAAGAAAGCCGGGAAAACAAGAGGAGCCUUCUUACUGCCGAAAGGAGCUCGCAAUGUGUUUCUGAAUGAAACAGAGGAUUCUAGAAAUGUGAUGGGUUACCUAAAGAUGUUUCUCAUUCCUCCUGGGGCUAGACAUGUGAUCAUACAAGAACAUGAGGCUUCUCCUCAAAUUCUUGCUAUCAAGAACCAGGCAACUGGGCAUUACAUUCUCAACAGCAAAGAAGAAGAUGUGAGAUCUCGGCGCUUCAUCGAGAUGGGAGUGGAGUGGGACUACCUCAUCGAGGAUGAUGUCGAGACUCUUCACACUGAUGGUCCUCUACAAGAUGCAGUUGUUGUUCUGAUUAUACCUAAAGACAAUGAGACCAGGUCCACGCUAAUGUACAGAUACAUCAUCCAUGAAGAUUCAGUGCCCCUUAACAACAAUAAUGUCAUUCAGGAGGACACAUAUGAGUGGGCACUGAAGAGCUGGUCCCAGUGUUCAAGGCCUUGCGCUGGAGGAUUCCAGUACACCAAAUAUGGGUGUCGUAAAAAAGGGGACAACAAAAUGGUGCACAAAGGCUACUGUGAUGUCAGCAAGAAACCCAAACCUAUUCGAAGAAUGUGUAACUUACAGGACUGUACGCAGCCACAAUGGAUCACAGAGGAGUGGGAACACUGCACUAAAACCUGUGGAAGCUUGGGAUACCAAAUCCGCACCGUGCGUUGUGUCCAAUUCCUUCAUGAAGGCACAAACCGCUCUAUCCAUAGCAAGUACUGCAGUGGGGAAAAGCCUGAGAUCAGGAGGCCAUGUAACAGAGUGCCCUGCCCAGCCCAAUGGAGAACUGGGGCAUGGUCAGAGUGCUCAGUGUCCUGUGGAGAAGGUGUGAUUCGACGUCCAGUCACAUGUCGUAUUGGAGAUCAAUGCACUGGUGAGAAGCCCGAGUUACACAGGCCCUGCAGGCCAGGACCCUGCCAUGAUGAGCCAUGCAGAGGAGACAAGUCCAUAUUCUGUCAAAUGGAGGUUCUGGCUCGUUAUUGCUCAAUACCAGGUUACAACAAGCUCUGCUGUGAAUCCUGCAGUAAGCGAAGUGGCACUUUUGCUCCUCUUCUGCAUGAAGCUGCUAAGACAGAAGAGGAACUUCGCUUCGGUUCAGCCUCCCAACUUCUGGAGACACUCUCAGCCUCUGUAAAUGGAACUCUGAAAGUCUCUCAGCUACACCAGCAGGGACCCUUGUCACAAGGCCAAUUUCCCAAGCAGACCACCACCCCCCCGCCUCGCAAACUCAAUACCAAGAACAGCAAGACUCAAAAGCGCCUCAAACUAGGUACAAGGAAUCUGCCUGCAAUGUCGAUCCAUAGCUUGUGGAACAAGGAUGCCGCUGAAGAUGCGCCAUGGCAGCUGGAAAGUUACCAAGAGAGUCAGUGGCCAACAGCAUCAUCCGAGGUGGAGAGAUGAAGGCUAGUUUGUCUCUUUUUUUUCUUCUGGACUCUCUCUUAUUUGUUUGUUGUAGACAUAGACCUUUAACAUUCAUCUUUACCGUCAGUUCAUCCUCAAGAUAUUUAAAAGCAAGAGAGAGUAAAGUGCUGGUUCACUUUCAAAUGUUCUCAAUUCCCCCGCCAGCAGUAUUUGUUUUGAAAACACACUUGUCUCUCACACACUGUUGUGAUGGGGAACAUGCCAAAGAAGUUCUCACGAUGAGAACUCACGAUGAGAGACUCCGGUGGUACUCGUGAGGAAAUGCUUGUAGUUGUAUCAAACUUAACAAUCUUUACGGUUUUAUUUUUACCAGCUCCAAACAUGUUUGACCAAGUAAUAUUUAUGAACGUUCCUGUAAAUACUGUAUAUGGAAAAUGUCAGUAUUAUUUUUACAAGAAUACAAACUGAGGAUUUUUAAAACUAAGAGAUUCAGGAGCAUUAUCGGUGCUUUUUAUAUUAAGAACACUUUAAUAAUAUGCUAGGAAAUGUGCGAUCAGCCAUGAGUUCAGCUCUGAUGAAUAUAUAUUCCAAAACAGUGUGAGCCCACAGGAACAAACAACAUUGAAAUAAAAAAAUUGCCUUAAAAUAUUUACUUUUCAUUCCAAAAUGAUUUCAUCUAUGAAUCAGCCUCUCAGCAAGUCAUCAGUCAAAUUAAUUAUCAUAGUUUUUUGUUUACCUCCUCAUUUUGCCAUGUUGUUGAGGCUUCUCUUUAACACUUGCUUGUUAGAUUUCCCUUGUUUUGUCUUAUAAAUUCAUCCUCGCAGCUAGAAGUUUAUUUAGCCAACAACAAAAUUGAGCAUGAACGUCAUUAAAAGCAGCUUAACCAUGGUGUAGGAGGCCCAUCAUACAUAUUGUGAGAUGAGUUGGAUGUUUAAAGCCAGAUUUGAAGGAGUAAAGCUAAACUUUCUGGAGAGCUUAUACUGUGAGACACUGCUCAAGAUAUCUCACUUAUCUGAGGGGGAGAAAAGCUAUUUAUUUUUUAUAAUUAAGAAUUCUAUCACAACCACAGUGCAUCUGACUGCAAUACCAAGGAAACCAGUUAGUCUAUCAGUGGAGUUCAUAACUGUACACACACAUUCACCCGUGUGCCACUGUAAAGCUAUUGUAUAUUGUAUACCAUUGAGAACUUUAGAGUAUUUAUUAAGAUUCAAAGUUCAACAUCAUGUCUUACGUAUGUGCAAAAUUAUCUGUCAUUUCAGACCAAAAAUGCAUACUCCCAUUGAAAGUAGCUCACAAAAGUAGACCUGAAUAACCUUGUCAUUUUAACUGCCAAUUUAGAUACAAAUAAGACACAUGCUCAGUUGUUGAGAUGUUAAAAGGUAAAGCUGUUUCACAGCCGUUUUAGAAUAGAAAAAUUGUGGAGAAAAUCCUAAACAAAGCUGUCAUUUACAGUGAUUCAUAUUGUCCUUCGACCAUAAAUCCCCCAAUCCUGCACGAAACUGUUAAUUUACAGUUAAUUCGUAGCUUUAAAAAAAUAAUUAUAGUGGAUUUUGAUCCUCUAGAAUAGACAAUAUCGUUAAACCAGUUAAAGCUGAGGUCAAUGUUGUGUACAUCACAAAAAAAGUUCACUUUACUGAUAAUAAACUGUUGCUAAUAUUAUCAACAUGCUUUCAGAGACCCAAAAGAAGGCGAGAUAGAAGUUAAUUUGACAAUCCCUAAGCCACAGACAGACACCUAACAUAAAGGAUAAAGCAUAUUUGUCCUUACAAUUCCAGGUUCAUUUAAGUGUCAAUUGUUGUCCUGUCUUACAGUUGCUAACCGCUUGAAGUCAUUUCUUUUUGUUUUAAUUUGUACUUUUGUUAGUUGUAAUGGAAGUGUACACUACUGAGGCUGUUUGUUGUAAUGGGGAGCACAUAGCAAUAAAGAAAAUGAUAAACCA